CGAAGAGUUUUUCUCUAUCACACUGAAGCUCAGCUUGUUCAGGGCUUAUUCUAGCUGCUUUACAAUGUCACACCCUUCUACCCAGGCGUUGCACGCGGAUGACUCAUUGAACCGGGUUACGGACGUUGCGCCUCCAAUUCAUUUGUCGACUACCUUCCGAUUUCCUAAUGAGCCGGAGAACUUGAUUCCUUCAGUCGACCCAGUGGACGAAUUUGACGGCCACAACUACGUCUACUCGCGCGAAUUCGCCCCCAACGCAACCCGUUUCGAAGCUAUCCUCUCCGCUCUCAUCGGUGGACAAGCUGUGAGCUACACCACCGGUCUCGCAGCUCUUCACGCUGCCCUAGUCCUGCUGAAUCCCCGCCGCAUCUCGGUUGGCGAAGGGUACCACGGCAGUCAUGAAGUGAUCGCAGUCCUCUCCCGCCUCUCGGGACUUCAAAAUCUCCCCUUGGAUUGCCCAGCUGGGAGUCUUGAGGCUGGCGAUGUCAUCCUCCUCGAAACACCCGUCAACCCCCUGGGAACAGCAUUCAGUAUCGAGGAAUUUGCCCAGAAGGCGCAUUCCCGCGGUGCAUAUCUAAUCGUCGACAGUACAUUCGCCCCACCAGGCCUGCAAGACCCGUUCCUCUGGGGCGCGGACAUCGUCCUCCAUUCAGGAUCAAAGUACUUCGGCGGCCACAGCGACCUCCUCAGCGGCGUCCUCGCAACCAAGCGCAAAGACUGGACAAAGCAAUUACUCGAAGACCGUCUAGCCCUGGGCAACGUCAUGGGCAACCUAGAAGCCUGGCUUGGUGCUCGUAGCCUGCGCACACUGGAAGUCCGUGUGCAACGCGCUAGUCAAAAUGCUUCCCAUCUAAUCUCCUGGCUGCAAACUGCAUUAAUAGCGCCCUCCCCAAGCGACGAGCAAAAACUCAUCAAAUCCGUCCUCGGCAAAAUCCACCACGCCAGUUUACAAGACGAACCCUGGAUCAAGAAGCAAAUGCCCAAUGGUUUCGGGCCUGUUUUCGCUAUUAUCUUGACUAGUGAGGAGUAUGCGCAUGUGCUGCCUAGUAAGCUGCAUUUCUUCCAUCAUGCUACUAGUUUGGGUGGUGUGGAGUCGUUGAUCGAGUGGCGGGCAUUGUCGGAUUCGAGGGUUGACCGGAAGUUGUUGCGGAUUAGUGUGGGAUUGGAGAAUUGGGAGGAUUUGAAAGGGGAUCUUUUGCAGGCUUUUCAGGCUUUGGUUUGAGAUUUGGUUUUGUAUUCAUGUCUAGUUGGGGGUGUUGGUACAGUGACAUCGGAGAGGGUUGUGUACAUAAGACCAAAAUACAUGAGAAAGUCUUAGAUAAUGUUAGUUGCAAUUGCAUGAUGAAGAGCAU